UGUGAGGAGGGUUCGUUCCAACACCACUUCCGAGUUCUGCUGUCAUUGUCGCCAUCGCCAUCAAGCCGCCUUGCAGCCAGCCGGUUUCUCUUUGUAGCCCGCUCGACGUGCAGACGCGACCAUAAUAGUCCAAGAUGCCUGGUGCAAGCGUGGCGGUAAUGCCAGCCUCGGCUGCAUCAACACCGGCUACCCGGAAGACCUCACUCGCCCCAGAGAGAAAGUACAAGUGCCAGUUUUGCAACAGGGCCUUUAGCAGGAGCGAGCACAGGAGCAGGCAUGAGCGAUCUCACACCAAAGAGCGGCCGUUCAAGUGCAUGAAGUGCCGUAGCACUUUCGUGCGACGCGAUCUACUUCUCCGCCACGACCGUACCGUCCAUGCCAAAGACGGAGGUGUUCCCCUCCACAGCGAUGGCAAGCGUCGCGGCGGCCCCAAGACGGCCAGACCUGCUAGCGGCCCUUCUAAAUCGGCCAUCGCCAUCGAUACUUCAACCCUCGAGCAGAUUGAAGCUAGCAGCGACGGCGUCUUCGACGUCGAGACCGCAGCCAUGCUUGUUGCUGACCUGCACCAGAAGGCGACCGCGGCGGCCAAGGCGAACGGUCACUACGACGGCAACUCGAGCAUGUCCUUCUCACAGAACGAGUCGGCGAUGAUGGAGCCCUCGGUCACGUACCCCAACGGCGCGAUCGGCCUGCCGCAGUGGGAAGGCUUCGUGUCCCAGGAGCACAAGGCGCACUCGGUCAGCUCGGCUGCUUCGACAUCGUUCGAUUCCCAGAACACCAGCCAGCUGCGUUCUCUUGCUGGACAGAACGCCAACGUAAUGGCUCCGGGGCUGCAGGCGCUCGUCAACUCGCUCCCUCCUUCAGCCGCAGGCACUCCUGCCCCUCAGUCGCCCUUCCAGGCCCAGCGCAGCCAUACGCCGGCCGACGCGUCCCAGCAGCCUUCCUCAGGCUUCAAGGCUCCUCAGAUUCACGGUGACGAGGAACGGAACAUGGUCCUUGACAAUAUCCGCAACAGCGAUAGAGAGCACGCCAUCCCUGAGGGCUUCCGCGUUCCCAACCUGCCCUCCUUGAACCGGUAUCUGGCUACCUACUUCGGCCUGUUCCACCAUCACCUGCCGUUUCUGCACCCGGCUUCCUUCGAGCCGACCCGGGUCUCGCCAGCGCUGCUUCUCGCUGUCCUUUCCAUCGGCGCCCUGUACGCGUUUGACCAAGAGCAGGCCUACAUGCUCCACAUUGGGUCCAAGGUGUUGGUCAAUCAGUUCCUGCAGAACAAGGAGAACUUUAGCUCCCGAAAGUGCCCCCUCUGGACGAUGCAGAGCUCGCUUCUGAACAUGAUCUUUGCCAGCUGGAGCGGCGAUCCCAAGGGCCUCGAAUGGGCAUGCUCGAUCAAGAGCUUGCUCGCCAACAUGGUUGCAGGAAACCGUUACGAACUGAAGCUUCGACAGGAAGCUCGCGAGGGUCGCGCCCCGACCCGUGCCGAGUGGGUCGAAGACGAAGGUUGCCGUCGUACAUACUACGCCGUCUACAUCUUCUUCGGUUUGUUGACGUUGACCUACAACCACACGCCGGCCAUGAGCUUUAACGAGUUCGAGGAUCUCGAGCUCCCGUCCACCGAGGGUCUGUGGAACAUGAAGGUCUCGGAGGAUGCCUGGCAAGAUCACCUCAAGGUGUCGCGCAGCGUCACCUUCAUGAUGGCCCACGACAACCUGUUCCAGGGCGAGACGCUCAAGUAUAGCGCCUUUGCGACUCGCGUCAUGAUCAACGCGCUCUUCCUCGAGGUCUGGUAUCACAAGCGCAGCCCCGAGGCGCUGCAGGACGUGGUGACCGAGUACAAGCUGCGGCUUGCCCUGGAGACGUGGGAGAAGUCCCUCGACCUCUGCGAGCCCGAGGCUUUCUCGGUGCCGCUGAGCGCGCCUCACAAGGGUCACCCUCUGCUCUUCAACGCGAAGGCCAUGUUCCGCAACGCUCGGGCCCGGCUCGAGGUGGACCUGAAGACGGUUCAGGAGGCGCUGCGAUACCACGACUCGUACGAGGUCGCCGCGGCCAUGUCGAACUCGAGGGAUCGCGUCAAGCGCUCGAGCGAGAUGCUCAAGGUGAUUCAGGAGUGCUACGACUGCAUCGAGACGGCGGUUCUGCAAGGCGUCCGCUGGGUGGCCCGCACGUCGCCGACGAACUGGAGCAUCGAACACCCGCUGUGCGGUAUGGAUCUCAUGAUCAUCCUCAGCUUGUGGCUGUAUCGUCUGGAACAUGACGAAGAACCGGCCACCGAGGAGGAGUUGGUCAUGUACAACCGUAUCCGCCAGCUGUUCGACAAGGAUCUCGAUGAGACUUACGUGACCCACCUGAGUUCUGUCGUGGCCCGUCUCUGGGGCUCAAUGCUGGACGAGGUGGUUGUCUGGGGCAUCACUCGGCUGAUGGGUGAAUCCUUCCGUCUCCACUCGCAGGCCUUGAUCGGCUAUGUGGACGAUGUUGCUGCCUCCCCGAGCGUCUCGACGCCGUCUAUGACUUCUCAGGGUGCGGACGAGGACAGCGUGUAUUAACUUGAUGACGUUGACGGUUCUCUUUUUUUUUGUUUUUGUCGUCUGCUG